AUGCGGUACAUUCACUCCGAGGAACGGCUGCCCAUUCUGGACAAUGUGAAGGUUCACAUUCGUUCCCGUGUCGUGACCGUCGAGGGUCCCCGUGGCAAGCUCGUCAAGGACCUCUCCCACAUUGCCGUCACCUUCGGCCGCCCCGAGAAGGAUGUCAUCUCCAUCGAGCUGCACCACGGUGCCCGCAAGGGUGUUGCUACCCUCCGUACCGUCCGCACCAUCAUCAACAACCUUAUGAUCGGUGUCACCCGUGGUUUCCGCUACAAGAUGCGUUACGUCUACGCCCAUUUCCCCAUCAACGUCAACAUCGAGCCCAACCACGAGACUGGCCGCGCUGAGAUUGAGAUCCGUAACUUCUUGGGUGAGAAGUACGUCCGCCGUGUGACUGCCCAGCCCGAUGUUGAGAUCACUCCUUCCGCCAACGUGAAGGAUGAGCUCAUCCUCGAGGGUAACUCCAUUGAGGGUGUCUCCCAGAGCGCCGCCGACAUCCAGCAGAUCUGCCGUGUUCGCAACAAGGAUAUCCGUAAGUUCUUGGACGGUCUCUACGUGUCGGAGCGGGGUAACAUCAUCGAAGAGUAA